AUGUUUCGCCUCUCCCCUUCACUGCUUGACUGGCAACUUAAAUACGUCGACUUCUACUCUUUCCACCUCCCACGCACUCAACCUCAGCACCCACUCGCUCGAUCGCUCGUUGUCUCACCCGCAAGGAUGAACUUUCUCAACGCCAUUUCAGCCACCGCGCGCAAGGCGUUUCAAGGCGUCUCUACUGUCGCCAGCACCGUGGUGAAAAAAAUCUCGGACGCUUCGGUGAAUAUCAGGAACAGCUUCAAUGCUUUUAGCGCUACAGCUCCCCGCAAGCUGAGGAGGUUUCUUCUCGACGCCCACUGCACACUGCGCUAUAAGAUUCGCCAGGUUCUCGACUGGAUCAAGAAGCAUCCAUACCUUACUGCCUUGAUCGUCCUCGCAAUCAUCUUGGCUAUCGUGGUUCCUCCCGUCGCCCUCCACGCCGCUGGCUUCACCGCCACCGGUGUCGUUGCUGGUUCCGCUGCGGCGGCGAUCCAGUCAUCCAUCGGCGGAGCUGUCGCGGCCGGAAGCCUCUUUGCCAUCCUCACGAGCGCUGGAAUGGGCGGAUACGGCGUUGCCAUUCUCGUUGGCUGUUUGCUGGCCUUGUACGCCGGUGUUGCGGUUGGAGGGAUUUCCACGUACCGGUCCUUCCACUUCUGA